ACGCUCAGCUUGAUACUUAAUAUUAAGACGUCUGUUUGUACAUUUAAAGACAAUUUAUAAUUGUUUUGUUUCUUUAGCCGAGUUGCGGCUAUGCUGCUAGCUAGCAGAUGUGUUAGCUAGGAAGAUGGACACGUGGUCAGGUGCAGCAAGUGCCAUCAAGAGACAAGAUGAUGAUGUGCUUACCUUUGUUUCCUUCAUGUCCUGAGUGCCGCCAUCGGGGUACCACUGGACACGGACCACUCCACGACCCAAAGGCCGACUGCCCACCGCGCUGUCUGUGUCCGAGCUUCCCGGGACACGUCCGCCUCCGCCUCCACCCCCGACUCUCCCUCCGCCGUCAUCGAGGUCCGAGUCCGAGGUGAAGUCCUCUUCGCCGUGGAUCAUCCGCACCAGGCCGAAGCGGACAGAGUCUCGGUGCCUGCCGGAGACCAAGUCGUGGGAGAAGAGCAGCCGCUGGGAGCCGUCCGUGGCCGGGGAUAGGGCCAUGGACGCGGGCUCCGAGCCCGGACUGAGCGCGGGGGACAGGACCGGGACUGGGGAGGUUGGCCCGGCCCUGUCCGUCGAAUCCGGUGCUGAGGGUUCCGCCAUAGCUGCAGUUUGAAGGCGGUGAUGCUGCGAGGAGAGGAGGACCGACUGUGCGCUGAAAUGAGGGCGAACUUGCAAGCAGGGAGGGUGUUGUGCCGAAUUAUGCACCCCCUGGCGGGAGCGCGCUUACGUCACUCGGUUGCGUCACCCGUCUCGAAAAGUAGCUAAACUCGGCUAAAAUCGCGUUCGCAGAAACACGCACACGCGAGGACGCCAGCAGGUCAAAGGUCAAAAGCCAAGGGCAUGGCUUUGAUCUCCUUAGAAGACCUGGAGGGGUUGGACGAGGAGCAGCAGGACGAUGACACCACUGACAACCCAGAGCCAAUGGGUGAAGAGGACUCGGAAACACUGCUGAGUCACUGGAGGGCGGUGGCCAGCACGCACCAGGUGUCUGUUCCUACAGAAAUGACAGGACCCAUACAGGAAAUGACACGCAACAGCCAGCAGAGGGAGCCCGCCCCCUUCAUGGCCAUUUCCUGCCAGGAGAAGAUGGGCGAGGUGAUGUACGAGGAGAGGUUGUACCCCGCAGGAAAGUGGGCGUGUGUGACGCAGGGGGAGGAGCUGUACGAGCAGAGCAUCUCCAUGAGCUUCAUGAAACUCAUGCGCUUCAUCUGCAAGGAGAACUCAGCAGGCCGCCAUCUCGGAAUGACGGUGCCGGUGGUCAGCACGGUCCACAUGACGGACGACGGCAAGACUCUUGACAAGAGCGUCCUGACCGGGUUCUACCUGCCCGCCGCCUUCCAGAACCAGCCUCCGCAACCCUCUGACCCGGACGUGGGUGUGGUGCAGCGGGAGGCCUUCAGAGUGGUGUCCAGAACCUUCUUUGGGACCACCACAGAGGAGACGGUGACUCUUCAGAUCAGACUUCUGACGGAGCUGCUGGGCACGUCCGAAGACCACAGGUGUGACUACUACAUGGUGGCCGUGUACGAGAACCCGGGCGUGACCGGACGCCGCAACGAGAUCUGGUUCAUCAGACAAAACCUGUAGGCGCGUUGUGUUCAGGAGCGUCUGUUAACUUGAAGUUUGUCCAAUGUUAUUCAUGUUUGUUGACACAUUUCCUCCCUUGUUGUUUUUUAUUGCCACCUUUCAAAUAAAAACAUUUCAACACAA